AUGUCAUUUGAUGGAUUUGAAAUGACUAUUUAUAUUUACAAUUGGGAGAAACAAUAUGCUGAACAAAUCUUUGGAGCUAUGAAAAGCAUUUCUGACUGGCAUAAUAAACGAAUUGGAUUGCUAAAUAAUAUCCUACAUCAAAAAAUGGGGUUAUUUUAUCAUGUUGAUAGUCCUCAACCAAAACCAACUCCUCAAACUUCCACAUUGGUACAUAAUCCAAUCAAUACACCUAGAGCUAUGCAACCUCCAAUACCUGGGCCCCAAAGAGCGUCAUCUCAAGCUGAAAGCACAUUGAAUAAUCAAAAAUCCGGAUAUCAGGAUUUGCUGCAUAUCGAUUCAAUGGUAUAUCAACGUUUCCCGCAAAGACAUCAUAACAAUGAAGAAAACAAAAGAGUUGGUGAUACAAAGAAUGAAGAAUCAAAAAAAAAGGAAAUCGAGGCUAACCAAUCCGCUUUAACUAACUUCAAUGUAAAAAAAGUUCUUAAGGAUUCGUUUAUCGAACCAAUAGAAGAAUUUAAUUCCAUUUUUAAAAGCCAAGAUGCGCUGAAGAGACAUGGUCCCUCGUUUAUAGACACCUGUAUUCGACAAGCCAAAAUAUUACAAGACCACGAAAAUGCUCUUAAAGUGUAUAAUAAAUGGGUAAAGAGAUAUCAAGAACAUAAUAAUGAUAAAAGAAUAGAUGUAAGAGAUGCAAUUGCCAAAUCUGAUUUAUCUAUCGUAUUUCGUACUUCCAGGCUGUUACAUUUUUGUAGAACACCACUUUUAUUUAAUGCCAAAAGUGAUGAUCAACAACCAUCUUCAACUACUACUAUUACUACUAAUAAUAACACGAUUCAAUGGUAUAAAGAGAUAGUUAAUAAGUUUUUAGAAGAGUACUCUUCAUAUCUUGAGACUAUUGGAAUGCAUGUAGUUAUUGAUGGUAAACCAGGGUUGAAUAUAAUUGACGAUGGUAGCAGCAGUAAUAAUAAUAACGAAAAUCCAACAGGAACAGCUACAACAGCAACGCUUGAUCAUAACAAAGAAUUCCGAGGUACUAAUAGGUUUAACGCCAUUAUUACCACUUAUGUUACCCCCUCCAGUAUUAAUACUUCCACCACAAUUCCAUAA